UAGCACCUUUUAUUAGAAAACUGAAAGAAGCACUACAAGUUACAACCACAACCAUAUAUAUCAAUCAAGAGUUUCAACUUUCCCCAACUGGUGUGGUUUUCUUCUCUUCCUUUGUCACCGAUUCAAGAAUAAAACAAAUUGCAUAAGAACAUGGCUACCUCCAGAGGUCGACCACCUAAGAGAAAAUCCCCAGAUGAUAAUGAGGCUACUGAUAAUAUCCAAAUCAAUUUUUCUAUCAUAGAUCAGGAUGGGCGCCAUAUGUACUUCAAGGUGAAUCACAACUUGGAGUUAAUUAAGGUAUUCAAAGAUUUCUGUGAGCGAAAGAACUUGGAAUACGAGACAAUGCAGUUCCUAUGCGAUGGUAUUCACAUUAAGGGAAAACAUACACCAAAAAUGCUUAAUAUGGAAGAUGAUGCUGAGAUCUUUGCCGCGACACAUCAAGUUGGAGGUGGUGGUGACAUGAGAUGUUAGGACAUGGUUGUUUUAUUAGUGCUUGGAGUUUGUUUGUUUAACUGAUAUGGUACAUUAUCAGAAAAAUAAUAAUACGCAAUUUAACUGUUUGUAAAUGGAACUUACAUGUUAAACUUGAGUAGUAGUAACUAAUGAAUGUACUGCUGAUAAAAAAAAAA